AAUAGUGGUAGGGUUUACAUUUUUUUAAGGAAGCACUGGAAUUAAUACAUGGUCUCGUCUCGUAAUAGCUUGGUUUAAGACAAUAGACUGCAGUGCUGCGAAUAAUUAUAUUGAGUUUGUCUGUGGUUACGGAAGCAGAAAUGAACUCCUUAGAGCAGGCAGAAGAUCUAAAAGCGUUUGAAAGAAGACUUACUGAAUACGUUUCAUGUUUACAGCCUGCUACAGGACGUUGGAGAAUGAUACUUAUAGUGGUCUCUGUUUGCACUGCCACGGGGGCAUGGAAUUGGCUAAUCGAUCCAGAGACCCAAAAGGUGUCAUUCUUCACAUCUUUGUGGAACCAUCCUUUCUUUACUAUUAGCUGCAUAACUCUAAUUGGUUUGUUCUUUGCCGGCAUCCACAAAAGAGUAGUGGCUCCGUCAAUAUUAGCCGCACGAUGUCGAACUGUCCUGGCUGAAUAUAACAUGUCAUGUGAUGAUACUGGAAAGCUAAUUCUAAAGCCAAGGCCUCAUGUCCAAUGACCAUCUUUAUCUUUCUAACAUUGGAAAGAAAACUCUCAGAAAGUAAUGUCACGUGAAAGAGUUCCAGCAAACUAAAAGCGUGCAGCAUCAGCUGGAUCUAUUCCAUUUCUGGAGGAGCUGUUUAAUACACUUGAAUCAAUAGACCUUAGAAAUUCUGCACACAGGGGUGUUUCACCUUCAAGUUAACUUUUACUAUGUUAUAGAAUGGCAAAUUCUAAACAAUUUUUCAAUUGGUCUUCAAUAUUUAUUUAUUUAUUUUUUAUUGCCCCUGCGAGUGCUAGGCUGUCUGCAAUGGGAGGGAUAUGGUUCCUGUGCAAGUGGCCAUGCAUGCGCAUAAUGAUAGAAUCUCCCCGCUUGCUCAUUAUAUGUAUGCACCUCACAAACUUAUGCCACACGCAUGCACAUAAGAGCGAGUUGUGACCUUUAAAGUAAGGCUGGAAAAUGUAUCUCAUAAUAUUUAUUUUAUUUUUGUAUUAUAUUAUAUAUUUUCAUUGUGUAUACUUUUGUAAUGCCAGGGUCUUAAUGUGUGUAACUGAAGUUUAGGGAGUUUAUAUUUCAAAUAAUGAUGCUGUCUGUGCAUUUAUACCUAAAAGGUCCAAGAGUAUUACACGCUAUUUUCUUUUUAGAAUGAUCAUAUUUUUAUUGACCAAGACAGCCAAAUGAAAAUCUGGUCUGAUUUUAAGUCACUAUUCUACCUGUAAACUAUAUUUGUGAUAUAUGUUUUUAGAGUGGGAUGUUUAUAUUUUAAUUUCAAAUGUUUAACCUUUUCUUUAGGUUUCUUGACAAAUUUUGACGUUUCAUUUUUGUCUUAAAUAACUUCCUAUUAGCAAAGGGAAUAUAAAAAAUGUGCUUUUGUUAUUUGUUCUAAUUAAAGUUUUUUUUUUUUGAAUUUGUUAAUGCUAUGUAGGAACCUCCUUUUGGUCUCUAAUCCUUCUUAUGUGCUUAUGAGAGAAUCUAAAUCAUAAUUACAUUGCACAAAAUAUUCUCAUCCCAUUCUCUCCAUUACAUGGGGUUGAUCUGUGGAGAAUUUAAGUUAAAAUAACUUGGACAAAUAUGUAGCAAGUCUUGAUCAAUACAGCAACAUACUGGACCAGGUAUGGGGCCAAAACAGUGCCAUUCCUGAUUCAUAUCUGACUUGGCAGGCUAAGACUGCUUUAAGCGAUUGCAUUAAAGCAAUGCGUAUCUUGACAGCGCUAUAUAAAUAAAUGAUGAUUAUAACUCAUUCAGAGCAAUGCAUUGGUAAUUCUGAAGUGAUGUAUGGUACUUAACUUGUUACAGCACAGUAAACAAGUAAUAGUAAAAGAAGCAAAAUGCCUAAACUACAGCUGUUCUUUUAUCGUCCCAUUUAAAGGUUAAGGGAAAUCUAAAUCACUGGGGUAUGCCAAAUGUUAGGCACACCCCGUGAUUGUAAUCACAUACAACCCUGAAACCCUGGGCCAGUGCUCCUGUAAGCAAAAAAAAAAUACACUGACCUGAUGAGCACCAAGGAAUGAUCCUCUUCUUCCACUUUUUUCUUUAACAAACUUCAAUGCAGAUGCAUGCAAAGUUAAGAGUGUAAUAGCCAUCUAUCUUUGUUAAAGUUUUCACCCCACUGCACAAAGAAAGAAGCAGGUAAAUAAUUGCUCCAUCCUUGGUGCUUGCACAAAAGUAUCCCAGGCCUGUGCAGUUUUCUGCCAACAGCAACACCAGCCCGGGGUAUCAAGUAAGUGAUUUGAUCACCAUUUGGCACCUCAGUGAUUUAGACUUUCCUUCUCCUUCACAGAUUAAGUACAUGUCUUUAGAUAUAUCUUGAGUUGCUGGCGAUGGCGGUUAGUAGUGUUUUAUUUUUACAUUUUUGACUUAAUGUGUCUGAAAACUAUAUAAAUGUUUGGACUUUUUAUUAAAAAAUACAAAGCAGAUGUUUGAGUAAAAUCAUUUUUCAUAUUGCUACUGGGGCUUCACUUGUUAAGAUAUUGAUAUUUUCUUUUCCUUUUUAUGAAGUAUGUGCCGAUUUGCAGAACAGGUAGAUUUAUAACAAUGUCUCCACCAAUUUUAGGGUUAUGUAUUUUUUAAGUAUAUUUAAAUAGUGCAAAACUGACAGCAUGAUAGAUUGUUGCAAUUAUUUUCACACUUCACAAUAAAUGCUAAUUUUUUGUUUGCA